AUGUCCACCGCCGUGGCCGCACCCGCGACCACACUACCACCCUCCGUUGAGCGACAGAUCUCCCCGCGACGCUUUGCAGCGAUCGCGCCUUCCAGCAUACCUACGAGUGCUUCGGUCCCGCCCGCCGCGUCACAAGAGCGUUCGCAUACGCAAAGAGCAAGAAGCAAUGGCUCACCGGAGAAUGUAGAGCAGCCGCACUCCAACGGCAAGAGCAGCCCGAGCUCACAACGAAACGGGAUCCCACCGACGAUCAAGGUGAAGAAGGAGCCAGGCUCGCCCGCUCUUACCUCGUCUCGUCCACGACCGAAGCGACUUGACCUUUCGUCGAGCAUGUCCACAAACCGAGGACCACAAACUGGAAGACCAUCUGCCCCACUAACAUCUCGAGAAUCUGCCGGCCUCGUCAUUCAGGAUGUCGGGCUUGCGUGUCUUUCACCGGGCUUCGCAACACACGACCCAGCCAUGCGGGAGCAGCUACAGCGUAGUCUGGACGUCCGAGAUCAGCAACGCCAGAUCAUUGAAGCAAGGCAGAAGGGAGGAAAGCCGGGAAGUGCUCACGACAGCGGCGACGGACCACGAACGCAAGACACAACUUUAUUCGGCAUUCAAACAGGCGCAAGGACGCCGAGCACAUCAAGAAGAAAGGGUCCUCCACCCGGCCUAUCGAUAGCUGCACCUUCAGCAGCCCAGUUCCAGCACGAUAGAGUGAUCCAGUCUGCGCCCUUGCACCAAACAUUCACUGGCCUUCGGCCUGGCGAGUACCCUCACUCACGACAUGCACAGCACGGUCCCAGUGGCUUGAGCCAGACAAGCCACAUUCACCAUGUGCCAGCAACACAAACCAACAACCGCUUGCCACCUAUAGCAGAUGUCUUUGCCAAUGACAGGCUGGACGCUCCACGAUACCCCACCAACAACUCCCCAGGACACUCAUCGCACUCUAACGUACAGCCUCCAGCGCCGUCCCCAGGCUACCAAACUCAAAACCAAAGUCAACAUCCGCCACUUCGUGGGCGCUCAAGAGAGUUCCGAUCUGCCGAAGAAGCAGUACAAGGAAUGUCUGGUGGCCGCGAUGACUUACUACCAAAGGUCAUCCAUUACGGCGGCGUGCAACCACCAACGCCACCAUCGCCCAUGCCUGGUCAGUCUGGACCUGGAGCGCAGCAACAACAUCAUGCCCCUCGCCACCCACUCGAGCAUGAACGCAGGCCCGAUAUCCUAUCGCGCACAUCCUCCAUGAACGGACGAAGACGUGGCCGAGACGAGUACGAACGUGACAAUGGUAGCCCUCCUUCGGGCUUCAACCAGUCUGCUAAGCGAGCAACUUUCGCCGUACGCGGCGAUGAGCGCGAAGGGGAUUGGCGAGAUGGCAUGAGCAGCAUCGAGAAGAAGGAGGAGUUCUUGAGGUUGUGCGAACGUGCUUGGGAUCUGUUUCAUUCAUGA